CCGCCGGCCUACAACCCUGGCGCAUCGAGUGCCAUGGGGCAGCACCGUCUGUGUGUCCGGGCCUUGCCAAUAUUGGUUUACAAACAUGUGUGACAACGGCGCUCUGCGGCCUUCUCCUUCAAGGAAGCGAUUUUCAUGUCGGGCACAUCCAAGGAACGAAGCCAGGGCCUCCAAGCUAAGAAUUCGCCUCAUGGGAAUUGCCGAACUCACUGGGCCUUGCCGGCUCACGCGCGUCCCAGGGCGACAACGAACCCAUCUUCUGUCUUUCAACAGAAAUCAUCCGGAUACCCCUCCGCCCCCCCAAGUGCCGACAUUCUUAACCAGGAGCCUUCCAUCGUGCAUCGUUGGAUUAGUGACACGCUCUAACGCUCGAUGGUCGGGACCCAGGCUAUCGCCGAUCGUCUCACCGGAUAGUGGCUGGCCUUCUAGCUGCGACACCAGUAUUAGUACUAGUCAACCCAGUUCCAGUCGCACUUCGACGGCCCCGCCUGAAAUUUGCUCGCGAGAUGGUGGUCCCAACUCAACUCAACCUCUUCCCUAUCACUGACCAACAGUCCGGUCACAGGGGGAAAGCGCGGGCUCGGCCCCUAUUCCCACUUCGAUCCAAGCUCGCCCGCCGAACGACUCAAUCUCCAACACCGGCGCCCCUCCGUGCUGAAUCUUCUCCACGCCGAAUUGGCAGAAACCUUAAACACACCGACACAUCUUCCAUGCCGUCUC